AUGCCCCUCUAUGCAAAGUUCUUGAAGGAGCUCAUGACAAGAAAAAGAAACUGGGGUGAAAAGGAGGCUGUAGUCCUAACUAAGGAAUGUAGUGCCAUCAUACAAAAGAAACUCCCCCAGAAAAUGAAAGACCCAGGAAGUUUCCAAAUCUCCUGCAUCAUAGGGGAUAUCACUAUUGAAAAGGCCUUGUGUGACUUGGGGGCUAGCAUCAAUAUCAUGUCCUUGAACAUGAUGAGAAGGAUGAGAAUUGAGGAAGCCAAACCAACAAGAAUGGCACUCCAACUAGCUGACAGAACAUUCAAGCUUCCACAUGGAGUGGUGGAAGAUUUAUUGGUGAAGGUGGGAGAAUUCAUCUUCCUAGCUGACUUUGUUAUGCUGGAUAUGGAAGAAGAGGCAAACACUUCAAUUAUCCUAGGAAGUCCAUUCCUAGCUACUGCUGGAGCCAUCAUUGAUGUGCAAAAAGGAGAACUAGUUUUGAGAUUACAUGAGAAAAAGAUGGUCUUCAAUGUCUUCAAGGCAAUGAGUUAUCCCAAGGAAGCAAUAGGAGAAUGCAUGAUGGUGGACACCAUAGAACAAAUAGUCCAAGGAGUUUUGGAAGAAGAGCAAUACGAAGGAAAUAUGGGAUUGGAGCAACAAGAACCACGUGAGGAACCACCACAAGGAACCAUGGAAAGUUCAAUUAUAACAAACCACAAAAACAACAAUGAAGAAGAGGCACCGAAACUAGAGCUAAAAACCUACUCCAAGCUUGAAAUAUGCCUAUCUAGGUAA